AUGGAUUCUUCGGAUGCCAACGUGUCGUCCAUACCAUUGACAGAAAGCUCUUCUUCACAAAGCAAGAUUCCAGCACCACCAGCGACAGAACCCGCGAACUCAGUGGACCAAGAACAACAGCCGCCACUUUCCGAGAUUGCUACAGAGGAACUAGCUGCUAAUGCAGUAAAUAAUGUUGCUGCUGUUUUUGUUGUACGGUUCGACGUGAUCCACGGUAAUACGAUUGAGUGGCAGCACCCUCCAGAAUCCGAUUUGGAUGGUAUUGAAUAUCAAGCAAUAUGUAGUGGACAUCAUCGUGUUCGCUCAGAUACCAUACUCUUUUCGAAACCCCCGUAUUUUGGUGUGAGCAUAUUUCGCAAUGUGGACAAUGCGGAAGAAGGGCAACGAGGAGCAUGUAUGCGGGCCGUGGGCGUGAUCGUCGAGCCAAAUGCAAGUACGGGUCCAAAUGCUAAAGUAUGGAUCCAUGGGCAUGCGCUUAAUGUGCUAGCAAAAUCGUUUGAUUUUGAGACGGACGACAACGAGUAUAUGUGCAAACACUUGCACCACUAUUUCGAAAAGCAUCGAUUACAACAUCGAGAAGAUUUGGCAUCUUCUUCAUCACUAUGGGAUCCAUCCGCAUCGGAUUUGAAAGCGUUCCGACCUGCGACACUUUUGUACUACAACCCGACGCAGUCAUUUACACCCGUUUUUGAUCAACUGAUAUCUGUCGAACCGCGGCCACCAUUGGAGACUGUACCUCGUCUCGACGCGUUCCCGUUCUUUGUUGCACAGUUUGGACCACAAAUCUUUGUACUCUGGAAAGCUGCCUUGCUGAAGAAACGUAUUCUGUUUCUCACCACGCCUCCUCUGCAAAGAGCUUGUGGAUAUGUAUAUAACACAUUUCUUCUUGGUGCAUUGCCAAAGUCAUUCAUGUUCAAAUCGCAUCGAAAACUGUAUCCUAAAUAUGCUGUUGGCGUGAACGAUAUAGCCGACCUAUACGAUUUUGCUGAUGGCUAUGUAGCAUGCACCUCUGAUACCAUUUUCGAAAGCAAAACAGAGCUCUAUGAUCUAGUAGUCGAUUUGUCCAACAAAGACAACGAUACACGAUCAUGGUACGCAUUUGCUAAAGGAACUCCGCGGAUUGAAUCAACGUCGAAAUUACCACAUCACCACAAUGCAGCCGAUUUCCAUCGGUUCCGCUCGGCCAUCCGACAGAUUUUCGAUACAGCGCGGGGUAUGGGAUUUGCGCAAGACGACGAUAAUCUAAAUGAUCAGCUGGAUAAUGCAUUGGAAAGUAAAGCGAACUGUCGGGAUGCGGUGAGUACAGCCAUGUUUCAGGUGAUAUUGUGGUAUUAUCGACCGCACCAGCUACAGCAACAGCAACAGCAACAGCAAAAAGCAUCAGCACCAUCUCCGUCCUCAUCAACUUCGUGGCAGCGAAUAUUCGCAGGAAAUGCAGCAGCAGCAUCAAAGCACAGCCGCAUAAAGAAAGGGUUGCAGGACAACGUUCCCAUGGAUCCAGAAGAACAAGAGGCGCUACUGCUAGGCAACGGAGAGGAUUUGGCAGAUGAGGAACGAGAUGCUAUGGAGAUCAAUAAUAACGAUGUUUUUGACGUGGUGGCUGCACGGGUAUCCUCAGAAUCGCAUCAGCAACAGCGACGUACUGCUACAGGCGGUGAACAACAACAACCGGUGCCGGACACCAGAAAAUGGGGAGUUCAUGAGAAAUUGACAGCCGCACUUGUUGGCUUUUUCCAUACUCUGUCGUAUCAGAUUCUUGUAGCAUUGGAUAAUUUAUUAUCCAUGAACGAGAACGGUGAUGCCCCAGACGAUCCAAUCAUGUUGACAGCACACGAUAUGAUCCAACUAGGGUUACAUCCCACGGACGACGCAUUAUUUUUGUUGUAA